AUGAGAGCCUUUCCCCGCCCUCUUCUCACCCCAUGGGUAUAUAAAUGCAGCUGUUUGCACACCCAGCCAGCAGAAGCUCCCUCAGCGAGGACACCAGGGCACCAGCCAGGAGAGAGAGAAGCAACUGCAGACCCCCUGGAAAUAACCUCUCAGACGACACACCCCCAGACAAGCAGCCAGGCGAUUCUCUCCCUCUAAUACACACUGCCCCAGGGCUCUACCAUCUCCCAGCUGGACCCGAGCCCCUCUGGGAAGAACGCCAUGAGCACUGAAAGCAUGAUCCGGGACGUGGAGCUGGCCGAGGAGGCACUCCCUAAGAAGGCAGGGGGCCCCCAGGGCUCCAGAAGGUUCUUGUGCCUCAGCCUCUUCUCCUUCCUCCUCGUUGCAGGAGCCACCACGCUCUUCUGCCUGUUGCACUUCGGAGUGAUCGGCCCCCAGAGGGAAGAGCUCCCAGAUGGCCUCCAACUAAUCAACCCUCUGGCCCAGACAGUCAAAUCAUCUUCUCGAACUCCAAGUGACAAGCCUGUAGCUCAUGUUGUAGCAAACCCCGAAGCUGAGGGGCAACUCCAGUGGCUGAGCCGGCGUGCCAAUGCCCUCCUGGCCAAUGGUGUGGAGCUGACAGAUAACCAGCUAAUAGUGCCAUCAGACGGGCUGUACCUCAUCUACUCCCAGGUCCUCUUCAAGGGCCAAGGAUGCCCUUCCACCCAUGUGCUCCUCACCCACACCAUCAGCCGCUUCGCCGUCUCCUACCAGACCAAGGUCAACCUCCUCUCUGCCAUCAAGAGCCCUUGCCAAAGGGAGACCCCAGAGGGGACUGAGGCCAAGCCCUGGUACGAGCCCAUCUACCUGGGAGGGGUCUUCCAACUGGAGAAGGGUGAUCGACUCAGCGCUGAGAUCAACCUGCCUGACUAUCUCGACUUUGCCGAGUCUGGGCAGGUCUACUUUGGAAUCAUUGCCCUGUGAGGGGGCGGGACAUCCAUCCUUGCCCACCUCAACCCCUUUAUUAUCUACUCCCUCUGACCCCCCUCAUCCCCUUCUGGCUUAGAAAGAGAAUUAGGGGCUCAGGGCUGGGCCCCAAGCUUAGAACUUUAAACAACAACACUUAGAAACCUAAGAUCCAGGGAUGUGUGACCCGGACACUGGAGCAUUGGCCCCUACCAAGAAUGCAAACUGGGGCUUCCAGCGCUCACUGGAGACCUCAGGUUUGGAUCCCUGAACGCAACCUGGAACACUUGGAAUGUGGGAGUCAGGGAACCUUUAGUUCUGGCUAGAACACUUCAGAACGUCCCUUGAGAAGAUCUCACCUAGAACCUGACGUGAGUGGACCUCAGGCGUCCCUUUCUUUAAAUGUUUCCAGACUCUUCCUGAGAAGGAAAGCCCAGCCCCUCCCACAUGGGGCCAGCUCUCUCUAUUUAUGUUUGCACUUGUGAUUAUUUAUUAUUUAUUUAUUAUUUAUUUAUUUACUGAUGAAUGUGUAUUUAUUUGGGAGGUUGGGGUGUCCUGGAGACCAAAUGUAGGGGCUGCCUUGGCUCAGACAUGUUUUCUGUGAAAACGGAGCUGAACUCUAAGGCUGUUCCCACCUGGCCUCCUGGCCUCUGUGCCUCCUUUUGCUUACGUUUUUCAAAAAUAUUUAUCUGAUCCAGUUAUCUAAAUAAUGCUGAUUUGGUGACUGACUGUCGCUACAUCGCUGAACCUCUGCUCCCCAGGGGAGUUAUGUCUGUAACCGCCCUACUGGUCAGUGGCGAGAAAUAAAACGUGCUUAAAAAAGAAA